AAACAGAGAAGACAGUACUCAAAACAAACUGAGAAGGACCCUCCCCAGAAGAGUACACCCUGUGGCAUCUUUAUGCUUUCUCCACAAUUUCAUCUCCAUCAUAAUCAUUUCUUAACCUUUUCUCAAUCUCUUUCACCUUCCAAUUCUUCUAUCUACCAUGCCUUCCGUCAUUGAAUCUGCUUGGCAGUUUUUGAUCACACAUUUCAGUGACUUUCAACUGGCAUGUUUGGGAAGCUUCUUUCUGCAUGAAAGCGUUUUCUUCUUCUCUGGACUUCCUUUUGUAUGGAUGGAGAGAACUGGGUGGCUGAGCAAGUAUAAGAUUCAGGGGAAAAAUAAUAGCCGUGAAGCUCAGGAGAAAUGUAUCACUCGCUUGAUGCUGUAUCAUUUUGGGGUUAAUCUACCAGUUGUGAUCUUGUCAUAUCCCAUGUUUAGAUACAUGGGCAUGCGAAGUAGUCUUCCAUUGCCAUCCUGGAAAGUAAUUUUAACCCAAAUAAUCUACUACUUCAUUUUGGAGGAUUUUGUAUUCUACUGGGGACACAGGAUAUUGCACACAAAAUGGCUGUACAAGCAUGUGCACUAUGUUCACCAUGAGUAUGCUACACCAUUUGGACUUACUUCCGAAUAUGCUCAUCCUGCUGAGAUACUUUUCCUUGGAUUUGCUACCAUUAUUGGUCCUGCUCUCACUGGGCCACACUUGAUAACUCUCUGGUUAUGGAUGGUUUUGAGAGUCUUGGAGACAAUUGAGGCGCACUGUGGUUACCAUUUUCCUUGGAGUCCUUCAAACUUCUUUCCUUUGUAUGGGGGCGCCGAUUUCCAUGACUAUCACCACCGUUUGUUGUACACCAAGUCUGGAAACUACUCAUCAACCUUUACUUACAUGGACUGGCUAUUUGGAACUGAUAUAGGCUACAGAAAGCUGAAAGCAUUGAAGAACACAGGAAUUCAAGACUAUAGCGAGCAAAAGAAACAUUGAUGUAAAAAUAAAAUUGGGAGUACCCAAAAAGAUGAGAAUGUUGAUAUCUAAUUGAAGGGCAUAAUAAAAAUGUAUUGUCUCACUGAAUUGUUUUUUUAGCUGUUCUGUAUAGAUAGCCCCGAAGGCUUUCUUUAGAAACAUUUAUGCCUUGUCUUUAAGACAAAUAUAAUCAAGGUGUUUUCAG